AUGAACGACGGCAACUCUGUCGCCACACCGGCCUCCACCCUGUGCCUUGCGCUCCUCCAGGCUGUGGAAUGCAAACGUUGGGCGGCAUGUUUAUUUUCGAAGGUCGAAGGGCAUGCCAGUCUCAUCGUUGUCGCGCCGGCCACCGCGGUGCCACAACGACGUGCAGCCCCCUCCUCGCGGUCGCCUCAGCUCCUCGAAGCCUCGCCACACCCCACCCCACUUCCCCGCAGCCUGCUUCGGCCCUCUUCGACGUGCUCAGACAGACCACGGCCGUCGAACGCAAACGUUCGGCGGCGCGUUUGUUUUCGGAGAACUAGAGGCAGUCCAGCCGCGUCGUUGUCGUACCGCCCACCUCGGUGCAACAGCGGCGCACAGCGUCGUCUUCGCGGUCAUCCUGGCCCCGCGAUGCCGCACUCCACCUCCCUGUGCCUUCCCUCGACCCUCCUCGACCCUCGCAGGCCCACCACGAUGAACGACGGCGCCCCGGUCGUCACACCGGCCUCCGCCCUCCGCCUCGCGCUCCCCCAGGCCGUCGAACGCAAACGUUCGGCGGCACGUUUAUUUUCGGAGGUCAAAGGGCAGCUCAGCCACGCCGUUGUCGCGUCAGCCACCGCGGUGCAACUACGGCCUGCAGCCCCCUCCCCGCGGUCGCGGAGGCCCCUCAAAGCCUAUCUCCACCUCCCCGCACCCUCCCUCGGCCCUCUUCGACCCGCACAGGCCCACGGCGGCGAACGACGGCGACGCGGUGGUCGCGUCGGCCACCGCGGUGCGACGAAGGCUCGCAGCCCCAACUACAGCGUUGCCAAGGCCUCGCGAGGCCCCAGGCAGCCUCUCUCGACCUCCCCGCACCCUCUCUCGGGCGUCUUCGACCCGCGCUGGCCCACGGCGGCGAACGACGGCCACGCGGUGCGACGACGGCCCCGCCACAAGUCAGCCAAGGCCCCGGGCAGCCUCUCUCGACCUCCCCGCACCCUCUCUCGGGCGUCUUCGACCCGCGCUGGCCCACGGCGGCGAACGACGGCCACGCGGUGCGACGACGGCCCCGCCACAAGUUUGCCAAGGCCCGGGCGGCCUCUCCACCUCCCCGCACCUCCCUCGGUUCCUUUCGACCCGCGCAGGCCCACGGCAGCGAACGACGGCGGCGCAGUGGUCGUGUCGGCCACCACGGUUCAACGACGACGUCACCAUCGUGUUUCCGUGGCGACACCUCGACCUCCACCUCAGCCUGAGGCUCGCGGUCCCCUGUGCCAUCGAACGGAAAUGCUUGACCCCGCAUCCAUUCAGGAGGGUUCGAGAGGGCCCAGCGUAGUUGUCAUCGCGCCGGCCACCACAGUGCAACAGCGGCACGCAGCCCCCUCCUCGCGGUUGCCAAGGCCUCGCGAGGCCCCGCGAAGCCCCACCACACCUUCCCGCACCCUCCCCUGA